UGCGAAUCGAGCGUGCGUGUGAAUUUUAUGAAGCCGCUGCAGUUUGUAAACAUUCCCUUUUUAGCCUAAUUUAACGGGAUGUGUACUAUUUGGAAUAUGUGUUUUAUAGGGAAUGCUUCUUAUUAUUUGCAAUGAGCUUUAUGUUUUAACAGGCGACAAUGGAAUAGAUUUUAAUAAGGAGUUUUAUCUUUGACUUCAACUGUGCGUGUUUUACUAACAAGUUCAUACAACAUGAAUAAAAGUGCCGGAAUUUAAUAUGAUAAUGGACUGUGGGAAUAUCAUGGACUUGUUUAAUAUAGGACGACCAGUCAGAGUCUGUGCCCCAAUGGUUCGCUACUCAAAGUUGCCUUUCAGAUGUUUGGUGAGGAAAUAUGACUGUGAUAUGUGCUUCACUCCCAUGAUCAUUGCUGCUGACUUCAUGCGCUCUACAAAAGCCAGAGACAGUGAAUUCACCACCAAUAAAUCUGAUCGACCCUUGAUUGUUCAGUUUGCUGCCAAGGAUGCACAGACACUGGCAGAUGCAGCGUGCGUUGUCUCCCCUUUUUCAGAUGGGGUGGAUCUGAACUGUGGCUGUCCACAAAGGUGGGCAAUGUCUGAAGGCUACGGGGCGUGUCUGAUCAACAAACCUGAGCUCGUGAGAGACAUGGUGAGACACGUUCGAAACCAAAUAGACAAUCCCAACUAUGCAGUGUCCAUUAAAAUUAGAAUUCAUAAAGAUUUGAGGAAGACAGUGGACCUCUGUCAGAAGGUGGAGGCAGCAGGGGUUUCCUGGAUUACAGUCCACGGUCGUACAGCUGAAGAGAGGCACCAGCCGGUUCACUACGACGCCAUUAAGACGGUCAAGGACAGCCUCUCCAUCCCAGUCAUCGCCAAUGGUGACAUCAAGAGCAUGCAGAAUGUGGAAACCACCUGUGACCAUACGGGGGUGGAUGGCGUGAUGGUCGCUCGUGGACUGCUGGCCAAUCCUGGCAUGUUUGCAGGGUACGAGGAGACCCCGCUGCAGUGUGUGUGGGACUGGGUGAACAUCGCUUUAGAACACGGGACCCCCUUCACCUGUUUUCACCAUCACUUAAUUUACAUGCUAGAACGCAUCAUGUCUCAGCCCGAGCGGAGGGUGUUCAAUAACUUAUCCAGCACUGCUGCAGUCAUUGACUACCUUCAGAGUACUUAUGGCUCCUCGUAGUAUUUUUAAUGAAUGUAUUAUUUUUUUAAAGCUGUAAUAAAAUCAUAAAUGAGGACCAUCUUUA